AUCAAGCCCCCAAUUCUCAUCAUCAUCAUGUUUACCGUCGUCUCGGGGACUAUAAUAGUACUAAUAAGCUCCCACUGAUUGAUAAUCUGAAUUGGGUUCGAAAUAAAUAUACUAGCCAUCAUCCCAAUUCUAAUAAAAAAAUUUAGCCCACGAGCAGUAGAAGCAUCAACAAAAUACUUCCUCACACAAGCCACCGCAUCCAUGCUUCUUAUACUAGGAAUUAUUGUCAAUCUAUUACUAACAGGGCAAUGAACAGUCUCAAGUACCCUAAACUCAACCGCAUCUAACAUAAUAACAGUAGCCCUAGCAAUAAAACUAGGCCUAUCACCCUUUCACUUCUGAGUACCUGAAGUAACUCAAGGAGUCCCAUUACCAUCAGGAAUAAUUUUACUAACCUGACAAAAAAUCGCUCCCCUAUCAAUUCUAUACCAAAUUUACCCAUCCAUAAACUCACAUUUACUGACAACUAUAGCAAUUACAUCAGUCCUAAUCGGAGGAUGAGGAGGACUGAACCAAACACAACUACGAAAAAUCCUGGCCUACUCAUCAAUCGCACACAUAGGAUGAAUAAUCGCCGUAACAACAUACAACCCAACCCUUACACUGCUAAACCUCUUAAUUUACAUCACAAUAACUUUAGGAACAUUCAUACUAUUCUCAUUCAACUCAUCCACAACUACACUAUCAUUAUCCCUCAUAUGAAAUAAACUACCAUUAAUCACCUCACUAAUUUUAAUCACAAUACUAUCAUUAGGAGGCCUUCCUCCACUUUCAGGCUUUAUUCCCAAAUGAAUAAUUAUCCAUGAACUCACAAAAAACAACAUAAUUACACUAGCAAUAUUCAUAGCAAUAACAGCCCUAUUAAAUUUAUACUUUUACAUACGACUAACAUACGCAACAGCACUAACUUUAUUUCCCUCAACAAAUACUAUAAAAAUAAAAUGACAAUUUGAAAACACAAAAAAUACAACCCUACUAUCCCCCCUAAUUGUAAUCUCAACCAUACUACUCCCACUUACACCAAUAAUAUCAACACUAUUCU